AUGAAGUGGGAGAACUCGCGCACCAUCAAGUGCUCAUUCUUACCGCCAGCAUGGGUGAAUGGCUCUGAUCAAAAAGAUGAACAGAAGACGCCACGAGAUCGUCGUCGCACGGGUCAGGUUGCGGUGCGACCGCCAAUGACAGUGAAUACAUCUUCAUUCAGCCGAGAGCAAAUUGUCGCUUCAUAUAUUAAUGUCUACUUCCCUGAUGACAUCACGGGAACUACGGAACUCGAUCCUUGGUAUACGCUGCUUUCCGGAAUAUCCGCAUUACCAAAUAAGUCCGUGAUGCUUGAGAAAGCGAUGGCGGCAACGUCUUGUAUCUAUCUUGGCAAAAUCAACGAUGACACUCGCAUGCUCAAUCAUGGCCUUCAGCUAUAUAAUGGUGCGAUACACCGUGUAUCGCAGGAGCUUAGCCGCAACAAUUACACGGAUGAGCUUUUUUUUACAAUGGGGAUUUUCACGAUACUGGUGGCUCUGUAUUGCCCCGGUGGUCUUGAUGUAAUAGUACACCAAACAGCAGUGACCAACGGAAUCUUCAAGAAUAUUUUAUCACAUUCAACUAAUAGCCCAAUCAUCAAAACUCUAUGUCUGGCAUUUCAGCGAAUGCGACUGUUAAAAUCACUUUCACCAAUUGAAGCAAAUAAUGUAGUAGACCUGGCGAGAGAGCACGCCCCGACCGCUGUGACUUCUCACGAAAAUGUGGUUAUUGACGAAUUGUUUCAACUCAUGGCCGACAUUUCACCAAUCGCAGCUGCAGUCAGUAUGACCGAUGUAUCCGAUAAUACGGCCUGCCACCUAUCACUCUAUGACUGCCUUGCGCACAGGGAAAAAUUAUUAUCAUGGUACUCGCGCGCUAAAGUCCGUAUCGGCGGUGGCCCUUACGUCGGCGAAAGCAGCGAUUUUCCGUGCAAAAAUAUUCUGCCAUCGGAACAUCUAUUCGGUCGACCCUAUGGCUUCUCCUCUCUGGACAAUGCGAGAAUUCACAUUCUCUUCUGGUCGGCGCUGUCUAUCCUCCAGGCUCUGCUCGGUCAGACCCAUGCAUACGCAUAUACAUCAGCUCCACCCGAUCCUUACACCAACAAAGAAUAUCAACUCUCGGAAUACUACGCAGACGAGAUCAGUCGAGCCAUGCCCUAUUGUUUGCAGGACAGCAUGAAGGCGUGGGGCAUCAGCAUGACGAUCUUCGGUAUGGGCCAAAUCGCCAAGGUUUACAUGGAACUCAGACGUGAGGAGAAGUUCUUGUGGAGCCAGCAUCUCUUUAAAUACGUGGGCGAUAUGGGAUCAGAUCUCGGUUAUCGUGUUGGCGAACUUCUGCAGUUUGGCUGGAGUCUUUUGGAGCAAUCUGAUCGCAACGAGCGCCCAGAAUUGUCAUCAGUGGCCUCGAGUCCGGGAUCUAACGCAUCUUCUGCAUCUCCAGUAUCCCCGGCAUCUAGUACAUCAACCGCAUCAACCGCCCCCUUCGUGGCAGAAUAUGUACCCAUGCAUGAGACAAUAGAUUUGCCAACACGAUCAAGAUGGGAACCAGACCGGUGA